AUGUCAUCCGGACCAACUGUGCUGCCGAGCGCUUUUGGCUCCUCUGCAACACCUCUGGGUGGAGGCGGCAUGCAGCGUUCUAGCGAACGCUCGAAUUUGGGGACCUCAUCCCGAAAUGGCAGGCUUGUAUCCUAUCAUUCUCACAGCGGCCGAGCACCGCUUCCGUAUAUUAAAGAUCUUCAGGACCAGGCGGCGCAUUUGGAUGUUGACGAGAGGAGUCCGAUAUCCGUGCUUUUGAGCACCGCCGCGCAGAGUAUCCAGAAAUGCCAGACCUUGCUUGAUAGUGAUCAAGUUGGACAGGCAUAUGUUCAGUAUCUUCGAGCAUCGGAAAUAGUUGUGAACCUGAUCCCACGCCAUGCAGAAUACCGUACGUUACCAUCGCAGAAUCCCAACUUGUACGCGCAGUUUUCGAAACUCAUGCAGUCUAUCGGCCAACAACAAUCAACGAUGGAUACUAUAAAACAGCAAAUUAUAGAAGACAAUCUGGCGCACAGUCCACCGCGAAAAAACUUGGCGAGCUCAAACAAUACGGUUUCCUCAGGUGGUUAUGUUGCAUACAAACCUCCAAACGGUGUGAUCAGGAUGCCUAGCCCAACCGAUUUCCAGCGGGGUAAUACAUCGCAGCAGGAGAAUGUACAAAAAAUAAACGGUACAAUGUCUAGCCCAGAGGACAUCCUUGCGCAACGUUUUGCCAGGCUCCGGGCUAGCCAGAGCCCGUUACCUACGAAUGGAUCCGCAAUCACCGAUCAAAGUGCAUCCGUCUCAAGCAGACCCUCAUCCGGGGUUGUGACCGAUUAUCCACCUCGUCCUUCAGCGAAUUCAAUGCCUUCCACGAUGAGCAUAUCAUCCGGUCCUGGUUCUCCACGGCCAUUAGGACCACGCGCCAUGGGGACAUCCCACUACGGACCCGCGUCUCCAAAAAGGAAACCGUUAGACACAGCGAACAUAUCACUUCCCAAAGCUCCCAGUCCCGCUUACAGCCCUAUAUGGUCGGUGCCGUCACAACCAACACAGCCAAAUCCGCCUCGAAAGUCAACAGACAGCAUUCAAGCGACCAACACAAGAUACUCGCAGCUAGCUGGAUCAAGAAUGAACAGCCCCAGCAGAUUUGGCGACGACGAUAAUCCUUAUAGAUCCCGCACGCCGAACGGAGUCCACCUCGCUCAGGAGAGUAAACCCACAUCUGCCGAUCUCCCGCACAACACGACAAUCCGGGCACAACAGUUACUCGAAUACAUGCGAAGAUAUAAUGUGCUCGUAAUAGAUGUGCGUCCCCGUGAGCUUUACGAUACGGGGCAUAUAUAUGCUCGAUCUAUUAUAUGUAUCGAGCCAGUAGUGUUGAAAGAAAAUGUUUCCGCAGAGGAGCUGGAGGAGCGGUUGAUUGUCUCUCCGGAACACGAACAGUCUCUCUUUGAACGAAGAAACGAAUUCGACUUGGUGGUAUAUUAUGACCAAAACACCGACUCCGUCAGUUAUCUAGCUGGGUCUCCAGUUGGCACAUCAGCGCCCCACCUUAGGGCUCUUUACGACACUUUAUAUGAAUUCAAUGCUUACAAACCUUUGAAGGAUGGCAGGCCACCGGCAUUAUUGGUGGGAGGGUUGGAUGCUUGGGAAGAUUUGGUUGGAUCACAAUCGCUUGCGACAUCUUCUACAGCGGCGAUUAUGGGGUCGUUACAAACAAAACGUACCCAACAAAGACCUGGACGUGCUUUUGGAAGAGUACCGUCAGCAAGUGCGAAUUCUAGUCUAGAAAUCCGCAAGAGACGUCUUCGCGAGUUUACACCGCUUAACCAUGAAGAAUUGACAGCAUGGAUGGAACGUGCCAAAAACGAAGAAAUCAAGCCUGGUACUUAUCAAGGGGAUGAGGCAGGUAUACCGGAAGAAGAGAUUGAUGAAAAUGCAGUCGCAGAGCCUUCUUCUCCAUUUGUCCAUACGUAUGAAGACUUUCUUCGACGGUUCCCGGAACCACAGGCUAUUCAGCAAUCGAUGGUCGUACCCGAACCUAGGGCUCCUGUGUCUUCGACGCCGAACUAUGCUUCAUCUAUUCCAGUAGCACCGUCUCGACCACCACCUGCAAUUCCUCGACCAAGUUAUAGCGGUGUAUCUGACGGUCGACAAAUACAGCCUACCCUUGCACGUCAAAACUCUGCGACCAAAACUGCCCUUUACACCUCUAAUUCGUUUAUGACGAGACUGAAAUUACCGCGCACCGGACUGACCAAUUUUGGAGUGACUUGCUACAUGAACUCAACGCUUCAAUGUUUGAGUUCGACGGUAAUUAUGAGCAAGUUCUUCAUUGACGAUCGUUUCAGAUACUACGUCCAAAAGAACUGGAAAGGUUCGCAGGGUGUGAUGCCUGGUCUUUAUGCUAACCUGAUCCGUUCGCUCUGGAAAAAUGAUGUCGAAGUUAUUAUCCCGACUUCGUUCCGAAACUUUUGUGGUCGAUUAAACCGGGAGUGGGCGAUUGACCGUCAACAGGAUGCGAAAGAGUUUUUUGACUUCGUGGUGGAUUGUUUACACGAAGAUCUGAAUAUUAAUUGGCAAAGAACGCAGUUGCGGCCACUGACAUUCGAAGAGGAAAUGCAGCGUGAACGGAUGCCUGUGCCCAAAGUGUCGAAAAUCGAAUGGGAUCGGUACUGUCACCGUGAAGAGUCAUUCAUCUCGUCACUGUUUGCAGGACAACAUGCGAGCCGUUUGAAGUGUACAACUUGCAAGCGCACGUCGACGACAUACGAAGCGUUUUAUAGUAUCAGCGUCGAGAUACCUCACACCGGUACGGGGGACAUUUAUCAGUGUCUGCAAAGUUACUGCCAAGAGGAAAUGCUGAGUGGCGAUGAAGUGUGGAAAUGUCCAUAUUGCAAAUGUGAGCGGGUGGCCACCAAACAAAUCAUCAUUACUCGCGCACCUCAGAUUCUGGUUAUUCACCUGAAGCGAUUUUCGGCGUCGAAGACGCAAUCCGCUCGGAAGAUACAUACCCCUGUCGAUUUCCCUCUUCACGGUCUUCGCAUGGACAAUUUUGUGAUACCCUACACUCCUGCUAAUUCUGAGUCCGGCGAUCAAGCCAAUGAUAAUGGCGUGUCAGCUGCACCGCCAUCUCUCACACCUACAACACCGCCAUUCACAUACGACGCAUACGCCGUGUUGCGACAUUUGGGUUCGACGCUCAGUGGAGGACAUUACAUCUCGCUUGUACGGGAUGCACAACGACAAUGCUGGCGUCGAUUUGACGACGAGCGCGUCUCGGAUUUCAACCCGCGAGAUUUGAGGUUUUCGGAUCGUUUGCAGAACGAGCAAGCAUAUAUACUGUUUUAUGAGCGUGUUCCGGCGAAAUGAGCCGAGAAUAUCACUUGGCGACUGUUGUCCAAUUUUUUUUGGCUCUUGAUUAAGCGCUAUAGCAGGCGAUUGUACAAAAAUGCAUGGCACUUGAUUUGGUUAUGAUAUUAUGAAAGAUGGCAUAUUUGGUUCUGUUAUGUUCUUGCGUUGGAUGAUUGAAUAAAGAUACCAGUUUUCGUUG